AUGGCCGAUGGCGGUGAGCUGAUGAACAGGCUUAUGAGCGAGAAUGCAGACCUGAAGAAGCAGGUGCGGCUCCUGAAAGAGAACCAGAUGCUGAAGCGACUGCUCAGUGAGAGCUGCCAGGAGACGUGUGGCCGCGGGGGCCGGGACCUGCUCUUCCCCAAGACCCCCAGCUACCCCGAGGCCUGCUCCCCCGGGAGUGGAGGCCCAGAUUUUGGAAGGUUCACCAACGUCCCUGACACGUCCACCCAGCUACAGACGUCCUCCCUGGAAGACCUGCUGUGUUCCCACGCCCCCCUCUCCAGUGAGGACGAUGCCUCCCCAGGCUGCGCGACCUCCUCCCACACACCCUUCAAGGCCUUCCUCGGUGCCCCGGAGAUGCACGCUCGAACUGCCACCGCUGACAGGAAGCUGUCCCCACUUCUGAGUUCCUUGCAGGACCCCCUGGCUGACAAGACCCUGCUCGAGCCCAGGGAGAUGGUGCGGCCUAAGAAGGUGUGCUUCUCGGAGAGCAGCCUGCCCACGGGGGACAGGACCAGAAGGAGCUAUUACCUCAAUGAGAUCCAGAGCUUUGCUGGGGCAGAGAAGGACGGGCGCAUCGUGGGCGAGAUCGCCUUCCAGCUGGACCGCCGGAUCCUGGCCUACGUUUUCCCAGGUGUGACAAGGCUGUACGGCUUCACCGUGUCCAACAUCCCAGAGAAGAUCAAGCAGACCUCCAUCAAGUCCCUGGACGGCUCAGUGGACGAGAAGAAGCUGCGCGAGCUGACGCACCGCUACCUGACGCUGACGGCGCGCCUGGAGAAGCUGGGCUACAGCCGCGAGGUGCACCCGGUGUUCAGCGAGUUCCUCAUCAACACCUACGGCAUCCUGAAGCAGCGGCCCGACCUGCGCGCCAACCCGCUGCACAGCAGCCCGGCCGCGCUGCGCAAGCUGGUCAUCGACAUCGUGCCGCCCAAGUUCCUGGGCGACUCCCUGCUGCUGCUCAACUGCCUGUGCGAGCUCUCCAAGGAGGACAGCAAGCCGCUCUUCGCCUGGUGAGCCGCUCGCCCGGCCCUUCCUGCAAUAAACGUGCUUGUUCCAA